AUGCGUUCAUCGGCCAUCAUCUUCGCCGGCCUUGCUGCCGUAGCACACGCUCAGAUUGACGCCAGUAUUAUCUCUCAGAUCCCUGCUUGCGCAACUGGCCCUUUGAUCGCAGGUAUCAGUGGCUCUGGCUGUCAGGUCACAGACGCAGCUUGCAUCUGCGGUAACCAAAAGCUCAUCGCCGACCUUCAGACAGCCGUCAAGGCCGAUUGUAAUGAAGCAGAUCUAGCCAAGGCCCUUGAAGUCACAGGCAAGAUCUGCCCCAGCGCAGCAAGUGGAGCAGCAGCAGACGCCGCAUCCUCCGCCUCCUCAGCAGCUACCUCUGCCGCCUCAGAAGCAGCAUCUAUCUCUUCGGUCGCUGCCGCCGCUACCACUGGCAUCAUCACUGAUUCUGGAAGCCCCAUCACCACUGCUUCUAUGGGUACUGGAACUGGAACUGCUAGUAUCAACUACACUGCUACUACCGGCGAGUACACUCCCCCUGCUACGCCGACUGUGACUCCCAGUACUGGCGGUGCUGCUCAGAGUUUCGCUCUGGGAAGUAUGGUCAUGGGAAUUGGUGCUUUGGGUAUGUUUUUCGUCGGUCUUUGA